CUCUUUCUCGAGUCAUCUCCCGCCUCGACACUCCAGUUCCCGUGUUCCCAGAAGAAGGGCUGUGUCUCCAAAUCCGGAAUUAGCCCCCCCCUUUCUUUCUCUUGAGCCUCGGCAGACAAGCAACUCAAAAACAUCGGUCGCUGGAGAGCGAUCCACAGUCGGAAAAUGCAUCGGGCACUUCAUCGCCGUGUCUUGCUGGCACGGGACGACGGCGCGGACGCGGCGUCUGUCCCGGAGUGCGAGGUUUCGCCAUCCAGCACAGACUAUUGGGGCCUGCGGAUUGCAUCCAUCUUCAUCAUCUUUAUCGGUUCCGCCAUCGGUGCGCUGCUGCCUGUCUUCCUUGCGAGGACUGCCAGGAUGCGGGUGCCCAGGUUGUGUUUCUUCGUCGCCAAGUACUUCGGCACAGGCGUCAUUCUAGCGACGGCCUGGAUGCACCUCCUUUCGCCAGCCGCCGACAACCUGCGUGACGAGUGCCUCGCCGACAUUCUGCCCGAUUACGACUGGGCCAUGGGUAUCGGCUUGAUGACUGUCAUGGUCAUGUUCCUCGUGGAGAUCAUUGUCUCGCGGUUCGAUUUCGGUUUUGGCUCCGCUCACGGCCACGCUCAUGGAGAGGAGGAUCGGGAGCCGAAGGAGCCCCAGGAUGCAGAAGCUCUUAGCUCGGCAAAGCCCGCCAGGACCGCCUCGCCGGCUAAGGGCUCCGCUGGCGCCACGGGGACCGGUUUCUUCGACAGGAACAGGAUCCCGGUACAUGGUAACGACAUCAGCUACCCCCCGGGCGGAGAGGAUCACCUGGGCCACCAGCGGGAUCAUGUCGAGCCCAACGAACACGCCCAAUACGCCGCGCAGAUUACCGCCAUCUUCAUUCUCGAGUUCGGCGUCAUUUUCCAUUCCAUCUUCAUUGGACUUACCCUCGCCGUCACCGACGACUUCAUCAUUCUCUUCGUCGUCCUGGUCUUCCACCAAACAUUUGAAGGCCUCGGUCUCGGGUCGCGACUCGGCACCGUGACGUGGCCUCAGGGCGCCCGGAGAUGGACGCCGUACAUCCUCGGUUUGCUGUACUCAAUCAGCACACCGCUUUCGAUCGGCAUGGGGCUCGUUGCCACCCAUUCACUUGCGCUGGACGCGGCCACGAGCAAGGUCGUUAACGGCGUAUUCGACGCCAUCAGCGGAGGCAUUCUCAUGUACACCGCUCUUGUUGAGCUGGUGGCCCACGAAUUCAUGUUUAGUCCGGAGAUGCGGAAAGCAGGCCUGGGGAUGCAGCUUUCGGCGUACGCCUGCGUUGCCGUGGGAGUUGCCUUGAUGGCUUUGCUGGCGAAGUGGGCCUAAGCGAUCAUGCUGUGGCAGGUUGGAGAGUCAUGACUCUUGCCCUUGAUCUGCUAUUUGAGAUGUCUGCACAUUGCCGGCAGUACAGGACAGGACGAUGGAAAGCCGGCAUUGUGGUGAACUCGAUUGACUGAGAAAUGGGUCUUGAGGGGCUAGAGAAACUGGCGGCUCAGAAAGGAUGGGUCUG